GAAAAGCACGAAGAAAGCUGAGUCGGAAAUACGCGCUAGUCCUCGACGACCCCCUCCGCUAAAGCGCAAGCCGACGGAUUCAGAAGGCGAGGUGCAAUCACUCAUCGACGAGGAUGUUGAAGAAAUUGUGACCCGGCCAGUUAGUUCUCGCAAGCGACGCACCUCUAAUGAGCAGGCUGCGGAGCCGCCAGCAAAGCGCAGACGCGGCAGCGCUCCUAUCGUGGUGGUGGACACUGACGAAGAAGAAAGUAUAUCGAAGGCACCCAGCCCCAAUAGGCGAACAAGGGCUUCCACAUCUGCGCGUCAAGUCGCAGAACCUUCUAUCAGUGACCGUGUCACCCGAUCCUCUGCAUCUCCUCGCAAGACGCCCGCUAAAAGCCAAAGUGCGACACAAGAGCGGCGGCGAAUCCAACCACGGCAACCUUCAACCGAGGUGAUUGAGAUUGAUUCUGAUGAGCCGGCGGAGGCUACGGACGAGACUUCACACUCAAACUUGGCAGAUGAAUCCGGGCACUCCACUCCCACAGAAGAGCCCGUAGUUGCACGGACGCGCAGGGCCAAUGGUUCUGCGAAGACAUCCACACAUCCUCUACGCCCUACUCGCUCGCUAAUCGAGCCUUCUGCUGAAGUAGUCGCGACGGAAAACGACAUCGCACGUCCGGCUAAGACCCGCUCAGCUCGCAAGCAGGGGAGUAGCACAGUGCAAGUGCCGUCCACAUCCAACGGCGCACAGCCAUCAGUCGCACCCCGCGCAAAGAUAUCAGGUGCACGUGCCGGACCAGGCCGCUCGUCGAAGGGCAUCGUCGUAGAUUCAACCUCGCAGCUCCCUGAAACAAAAGGCAGCUCGCGCCCUGGGCAGAAGCGGGUUGACACACCCGUUCGGCCCACGCCUGGACACCCGGUGCGGAAAAUCACUCCUCACUCGCGUGCGGAAUCUGCGGAUGUGAUGGCUGUCGAUGACCAAAUCCUCCCUCCACUGACCAACGAAGACCUCGACCGUCUGGCAGCCCUGAAUCAGCCGACCGCUGGGACUCUCGCACCCAUUCCCGCGGGCGAUGCCCCAAACCACGACGAAACGUCGGACCGGGAUGCGGAAGGCGAGGUUGAUCACGAUUUUCUCGAUUAUGUUGAUGUAGCAAAGCCACCAAGUACCCUGGUUCCGGAGGCGAAGGCGGAAGCUCAUGGUUCGAUAUCAUUAGAUCAAGCUGCGAAUGAAUUUGAAUCACUAAAAGUGAUGCUAGAGGAACCAGAGCCAGUACUUCCGCCCGCUCCGAAGGAGCCUCUCAUCAACCCGAUCGAUGCACCUUUGGGUAACGGAAAUGCUCGCUCGAGCAGCUCUUUCGCAGCCUGGAAAAAAUACACGAUCUUUGACAAGCCAUUCGCUGGCCCCUCUGAACAGUCUCCAAUCUCCCCGUUAGCAGAGCAACCUGAAACAGCUAGUCUCGCGCUUCUUAUUCUAAUUAACGCUUCCGUCCGGAUCCCCGUUAUCUUGAAGGAUAUACACCCUUCCACCAACUCUACACGCAAACGUCUUGACGAAGUCACUGCUGAGGUUCAAUCCAUGUCGCAGGGUGCGCCGGGCAAGUUUUACAAGGGACAAGCUGUAGCGGACGUGAUCAAGGCACUUAUCUGCGGCGGCUCUAACGCUCGUGUGGUCCUUCAAGAGGGUGUCGAUGCCAACGUGAAGGAGAGUUUUGACCGGUUCAAUUCGAGGCUGAAGGAUGGCAGUUUAUUUGUUGCCGUGUUUGGUUCUCAGGUUCUUGCAUUUUGCUCGUCCGAGAGCAGCGAGCUCGUAGCCAAGCUUGGCGCGUCACCUAACUUGGUCGGCCUCGGCGAAAAUGUGCUCGUCUCGGAGGUACUCAUUGGGGACGACUCAGCGUACAUCGAUGCCAUCAUGAACGCCAAAGACGAACCUUGGUGAGAGCUACGCCGGCUUGGAACCUUGUUGUUUCUUCUACUCCUGUGCCAUACUACCUUUGACUGGUUGGAAUACGUAUUACAUGUCACCUCUCAUGCAUAUUCUUCUUGGGACUCGACCUUCCGAUUACGAUGUUCAUCAUUUGGGAAGACGUUAGAACCCUUGCAUGGAUCGUAUUCACGUAAAUCUCGCAAAGACGACGAGGUACUAUAUAACUAUGAAC